AUGGAUCUGCAAGUCCAUGGUUCAGGGACUCAGGACUCCUGGGUACAACUUGCUAUAUGCAUCGGACAAAGCGAUCGAGAUGUAACCGCGGUCAGACUGCAAACUGACCAAGGAACACUCUGGAUUGCGUCGGCAUAUCUCGGCCAUGACCAACUCGGCCCUCUCCCUGGCGAAAAACUACGGAGACUUGUAGCCGAUGCUGAAAGGCAAAAGAUCUGCCUCAUAAUUGGUUGCGAUGCAAACGCCCAUCACACGGUCUGGGGAAGUACCGACAUAAAUGAUAGAGGUGAGUCACUUUUUGAUUUUAUUUUGAGUACUAACCUGAUAGUAAGUAAUACUGGCAAUGAACCAACAUUCGUUACCAGAAACCGACAAGAAGUACUAGACAUUACUCUUGUCUCCGAUUCGAUUCAUCAAAGGAUCUUAAAUUGGAAAGUAUCUGAAGAACACUCGUUCUCUGAUCAUAGAUACAUCCAAUUUAGUCUUAACGAUGUGACUACUAAACAGUUAGCAUUCCGAAACUAUCGCAAAACUAACUGGCAAAAAUACAGGGAAACUCUGACAAGCUUACUUAAACCUGAACUUCUAAGUUAUCCCUCAAAUACAAUCGAUCUCGACAACAAAGUCAAUGAUCUCACUUCUGCCCUUAACCUAUCAAUGAAUAACUCCUGCCCACUCAUACAAAUGUAUAGUGGAGCCAAUGGCGACGGCUAUGAGCUUUCUUUAGAACCUGAUAAUCUCAAUAUUCCCCCUGAUUCAAUUGGACAGCAUUUUGAAAUCCUGCGAAUAAAAGGUUUUAGAACAAUAUUUAAUAUUGCGAUUAAAAUUCUCUUGCGGUGA